AGCAGCAGGAGGAGGAGGAGGAGGAGGAGGCUUUUUGCCGUACCGUGUCGUGCACUCUCCGCUCUGGUUACUAUCACAACGAAGCGGACCAAGAGACGAAGUGCGAGCUUUUGGGGAGCAGACGACGGGACGGGCCUGCAGAGCUGGAUGUCUUCAGCAAUGAAUCCCUCAGACUGAGCUGGCACUGUAACCCAUUUUUGAUGUUGAAAGGAGAGUGGAGGCAGCCAUGGAAGUGAAGGAACGCAGACCUUACCGCUCACUCACUGUUCGGCACGACUCUGACCGCCAUUACACCAGCUCUUCAGCAGACAGCGAGGAUGGCAAACCCAACACCAAGUCCUACAGCUCCAGUGAAACACUCAAGGCCUUUGACCAUGACUCCAGGAUGGCCUAUGGGAGUCGUGUCAAGGACAUGGUUCAUCACGAAGUGGACGAGUUUGGCCGGCAAGGGGCAGACUUUUCUCUUCGAGACCUUGGCUUCGGAGAGGCCCUCCCCUCCCAUGUAGCUGCGUACAGGACAGACCUGGGGCUGCCACAUCGUGACUACUCCGUCAGCGUGGGCUCAGACGCCGACACCGAGACAGAUGGCGUUGUGUCUCCGGAGCAUGCGGUUAGAUUAUGGGGCCGCAGCAACACCAAGUCGGGCCGUAGCUCCUGCCUGUCCAGCAGGGCCAACUCUAAUCUAACCCUCACCGACACCGAGCAUGAAAACACAGAAAACGGUCCUCCACUGCAUUGUUCAUCUGCCUCCUCCUCCCCUGUUGAGCAGCUCCCAUACCCUCCCCCUUCCCUUACAGCCAAUGAGAGCCGGGGAGGGUUGCUAGGUAACUGUGCGGCUCAGCCAGCCCAGGACUCUGACUCUGAGGAUGAGUUUGGCCCCAAUUCAUUCUUAGUUAAAACUGGCUCAGGGAACCUGUAUGCUCCUGCCUCUGCAGCUGCUGAUGACGGACCCUUUCAAAACCACCCUCGGCUGCGGACGCCUCCUCUACCGCUGUCACACUCCCACUCGCCCAGUCAUCAGCACCAUGCCUCCUCCAUUAACUCCCUAAACAGGGGUAACUACACGCCGCAGAGCAACCCGAGUCCGGCGCCCACAGACAGCUCAGUCCCUCCUGAGGGUCUCAUCAGUGGCCAAGACUCUGGCAGCACACAGGACAACUGGCUGCUCAACAGCAACAUCCCCCUGGAAACAAGAAACAUAGCAAAGCAGGCAUUCCUAGAGACUUUACAGGACAACCCCAUUGAGAUGGACGUUCUGGCAUCAGCACACCACGAUGCCUCGUUCGGCGACGGGCACUUCCUGUUCAAACCCGGUGGAACAUCACCAAUGUACUGCACAACAUCACCAGGAUACCCUUUGACCUCAAGCACGGUCUAUUCGCCUCCCCCGCGCCCUCUGCCACGGAACACCUUCUCUCGACCCGCCUUCAGUCUGAAGAAACCCUACAAGCACUGCAACUGGAAAUGUGCCGCACUCAGUGCCAUCCUCAUCUCGGUCACAUUGCUCUUCCUGUUGGCCUACUUCAUUGCCAUGCACCUUUUUGGACUAAACUGGCAUCUGCAGCCCAUGCAGAGACAGAUAUACCAGCUGUCAGAGGACAAUAGAAGUGACCUACCUUUUCCUACUGACCUGAGUUUUCCACCUUUGGGCAACACAGGGUUAGAGUUACCUGACCGUAGAGGAAAAGAUGACGGCAAAUUGGACAGCUUGUUUCCAGAUGACAGCUAUAUAGAUAUGGGGGAGAUUGACGUGGGGCGCAAGGUCGCUCAGCAGAUUCCUCCAGGUAUCUUCUGGCGGUCCCAGGUCUUCAUUGAUCACCCCAUGUACUUGAAGUUUAACGUGUCCCUGAGCAAAGAUGCAUUGGUGGGAAUCUAUGGAAGGAGAGGCCUACCUCCGUCACACACACAGUUUGACUUUGUGGAGCUUUUGGAUGGCCGAAGGCUCCUGGCUCAGGACUUUCAUGGUCUGGAUGGGCCCGUGGCUAUGCAGAGGAGCUUGGUACUUAUCACCACACAUGACACGGGCUUUAUCCAGUACUUGGACUCUGGCAUCUGGCACCUGGCCAUCUACAACGAUGGGAAAGAAACUGAAACGGUCGCCUUCCUUACCACGGCAAUAGAUUCAAUUGAUGACUGUCCCAGUAACUGCUUUGGAAAUGGUGACUGUGUGGCUGGAACAUGCCACUGCUUUUUAGGAUUCAAAGGACCCGACUGUGGGCGAGCUGCCUGUCCAGUGCUGUGCAGUGGGAAUGGUCAAUACCUUAAAGGUCGCUGCAUGUGUCACAGCGGAUGGAAAGGUUCUGAAUGUGACGUUCCCACCAACCAGUGCAUUGAUGUCACAUGCAGCAGCCAUGGGACCUGCAUUGUGGGGACCUGUAUCUGCAACCCGGGAUACAAGGGAGAAAACUGUGAAGAAGUGGACUGCCUGGACCCAACAUGCUCUGGCCGAGGGGUCUGUGUACAGGGAGAGUGCCACUGCUUUGUGGGCUGGGGUGGGCCAGGAUGUGAGAGCCCCAGGGCCUCAUGCAUGGACCAGUGCUCUGGGCACGGUGCUUUCCUGGCAGACACUGGAACCUGCAGCUGUGAUCCCAACUGGACUGGCCAUGACUGCUCUACAGAGAUUUGUGCAGCGGACUGUGGUGGCCAUGGCAUUUGUGUGUCGGGCACCUGCCGCUGUGACGAUGGCUGGAUGGGCGCUGGCUGUGACCAGAGGGCGUGUCACCCUCGCUGCAAUGAGCAUGGCACUUGCAAGGAUGGCAAAUGUGAAUGCAGCCCAGGAUGGAAUGGAGAACACUGCACUAUCGCUCACUAUCUGGAUAAGGUAGUGAAAGAGGGCUGUCCCGGUUUGUGCAACGGAAAUGGUAGGUGCACUCUGGGUAACAAUGGCUGGUACUGUGUGUGCCAGCUGGGCUGGAGGGGCAAUGGCUGUGACACCUCUAUGGAAACUGCCUGCAGUGAUGCCAAGGACAACGAUGGAGAUGGCCUGGUGGAUUGCAUGGAUCCAGACUGCUGUCUGCAGGCGACGUGUCACACCACCUCUCUGUGUGUGGGCUCCCCGGACCCUCUGGACAUCAUCCAGGAGACGCAGAUGUCAUCUGCACAGAGCAACCUGCAGACUUUCUAUGACCGUGUACACUUCCUUGUGGGCAGGGACAGCACCCACGUCAUCCCCGGAGCCAACCCCUUUGAUGGAAACCACGCUUGUGUAAUCCGUGGACAAGUAGUGACCUCGGACGGAACGCCGCUCGUUGGAGUCAACAUCAGCUUCAUCAACAACCCUUCUCAUGGCUACACAAUUACCAGGCAGGAUGGAAGUUUUGAUUUGGUCACCAAUGGAGGCAUAGCCAUCGGCCUGCACUUUGAACGCGCUCCAUUCAUUACCCAGGAGCACACUCUGUGGUUGCCAUGGGGACGCUUCUUUGUCAUGGAUACCAUUGUGAUGCGGCAUGAGGAGAAUGACAUCCCGAGUUGUGAUCUCAGCAGCUUUACCAGGCCCAGCCCUGUGGUGGCCCCAGCUCCACUCACCGCAUUUGCCGGCUUCUGCUCUGAGAGGGGUGCUGUAGUACCCGAAAUCCAGUCUCUGCAGGAUGAAACGCCGAUCCCUGGGACAGAUAUGAAACUCAGCUAUCUAAGCAGCAGAACCCCGGGUUACAAGUCCAUACUGAGGGUGACCCUCACCCACUCCACAAUCCCAUUUAACUUGAUGAAGGUUCACCUUAUGGUUGCUGUGGAAGGCAGACUGUUCAGGAAGUGGUUCCCUGCAGCCCCCAACAUCUUGUAUGACUUUGUGUGGGACAAGACUGACGUCUACAGCCAGAAGGUCUUUGGAUUGUCUGAAGCAUUUGUGUCUGUGGGCUUUGAAUAUGAGUCAUGUCCUGACCUUAUUCUAUGGGAGAAGAGGACGGCUGUUCUGCAGGGUUAUGAAACCACAGCCUCCAAACUGGGAGGAUGGACUAUAGACAAGCACCACGCCUUAAAUAUCCAAAGCGGUAUUCUUCACAUGGGCAAUGGGGAGAAUGUCUUCAUCUCCCAGCAGCCUCCUGUAAUCGGCAGCGUGAUGGGUAACGGACGCAGGCGCAGUAUUUCCUGCCCCAGCUGUAAUGGCCUUGCUGAUGGAAACAAGCUGCUGGCCCCUGUCGCUCUGGCCUGCGGCUCAGAUGGCAGUCUGUAUGUGGGCGACUUUAACUAUGUGAGAAGGAUUUUCACCACUGGGAAUGUCACCAGCGUUCUGGAGCUCAGAAAUAAAGACUUCAGGCAUAGCAACAGCCCUGCUCAUAAGUAUUACUUGGCCACCAGUCCAGUAAACGGUGUAGUCUACCUUUCGGACACCAGCAGCAGGAAGGUGUUCAAGGUGAAAUCCCUGAACGCCAUAAAAGACGUGCCCAAGAAUCUGGAGCUGGUGGCUGGCACUGGUGACCAGUGUCUCCCAUAUGAUGACGCUCGGUGUGGUGAUGGAGGAAAGGCUGUGGAGGCCACUCUCACCAACCCCAGAGGCAUCACUGUGGAUAAAUACGGUGUGGUCUUCUUUGUGGAUGGAACAAUGAUUCGCAGGAUUGAUCAGAAUGGGGUCAUCUCCACUCUACUGGGCUUCAAUGACCUGACCUCUGCCCGACCUCUCAGCUGUGAUGCUGUGAUGGACAUCUCUCAGGUGCGUCUUGAGUGGCCGACAGACCUUGCGGUCAGUCCCAUGGACAACUCCCUUUACAUACUGGACAACAACGUGGUACUUCAGAUCUCCGAAAACCACCAAGUCCGUAUUGUUGCUGGUCGGCCUAUGCACUGUCAGGUACCAGGAAUUGACCACUUCCUAAUGAGCAAAGUAGCCAUCCAUGCCACCUUGGAGUCAGCCAAUGCCCUGUCUGUGUCCCACAAUGGAAUUUUAUACAUCGCUGAGUCAGAUGAAAAGAAAAUCAACAGAGUACGACAAGUGUCUCCCAGUGGAGAGAUCUCCCUGGUUGCUGGGGCACCAAGUGGGUGUGACUGCAAGAAUGAUGCCAACUGUGAUUGUUACUCUGGAGAUGAAGGCUACGCAAAGGAUGCUAAGCUGAAUGCUCCUUCAUCAUUGGCAGUGUGCCCAGAUGGAGAGCUCUAUAUUGCAGAUCUAGGCAACAUUCGUAUUCGCUUUGUUCGCAUAAACAAGCCCUAUCUAAAUCCUCUCAGCAUGUACGAGGUGUCUUCUCCCAUUAACGAUGAACUCUAUCUCUUUGACUCCAAUGGCAGCCACAUUUACACACAAAGUUUGACGACAGGUGACCACCUGUACAACUUGACCUACACUGGAGCCGGAGAUCUGAGCAGCAUCACUGACAAAAACAAAAACACAGUGCUCAUCAGACGAGACACUACAGGAAUGCCUCUGUGGCUGAUGGUUCCCGAUGGACAGACGUUCUGGUUCACGAUUGGAACCAACAAUGCCCUCAAAUCUAUCACUGUCCAGGGUCAGGAAAUAGCAGUGAUGACCUACCAUGGGAGCUCAGGACUUCUGGCAACUAAGUCAAAUGAAAAUGGAUGGACAACCUUCUAUGAGUAUGACAGUUACGGGCGUCUGACUAACGUCACGUACCCGACAGGCCGAGUGAGCAGCUACCGCACAGACUCCGACAGCUCAGUCCGCAUUCAGGCAGAGGGUUCCAACAAAGAAGAUAUCACAGUUACCACCAACCUGUCAGCCUCUGGCACCUUCUACACACUCAUGCAGGAUCAAGUUCGGAACAGCUAUUUCAUUGGUCUGGAUGGCUCUGUUCGGCUAGUUUUGGCCAAUGGCAUGGAGGUGUCCCUGCACACUGAGCCCCACCUGCUGGCAGGCACCGUCAACCCCACCGUCAGCAAGAGGAACAUCACUCUGGCUAUCGACAACGGCCUCAACCUGGUGGAGUGGAGACAGAGAAAAGAGCAAGCACGUGGCCAGGUCACCGUUUACGGACGCAGGCUCAGGGUUCAUAACAGGAACUUGCUGUCACUGGACUUUGACCGAAUCACUAGAACGGAGAAGGUCUACGAUGACCACAGGAAGUUUACUCUACGGAUCCACUAUGACCAUGCUGGUCGACCCACUCUGUGGGCCCCAAGCAGUCGUCUUAAUGGAGUAAAUGUCACCUACUCCCCUGGAGGACACGUAGCAGGAAUCCAAAGGGGCACCAUGUCUGUGCGCAUGGAGUAUGACCAGAAUGGAAGAAUCACCUCACAGAUGUUUGCUGAUGGUAAAUCCUGGACCUACACUUACCUUGAGAAGUCCAUGGUACUGCUGCUCUACAGCCAGAGGCAGUAUAUCUUUGAAUUUGACAAAAAUGACCGCCUUUCCUCAGUGACGAUGCCAAAUGUGGCACGGCAGACCCUGGAGACCUCUCGCUCCAUUGGAUACUACAGAAACACCUAUCACCCCCCUGAAGGAAACGCAUCAGUGCUCCAGGACUACAGUGAUGACGGCCAGUUACUGCAAACCAUCUACCUGGGCACUGGUCGCAGGGUCAUCUAUAAAUACGGCAAACUUUCCAAGCUGUUGGAGAUUCUCUAUGACACUACACGCAUUGGAUUUUCCUAUGAUGAGGUGGCAGGUAUGCUAAAGACUGUCAACCUACAGAGUGAGGGCUUCACCUGCACCAUCCGUUACCGUCAGAUUGGCCCACUGAUUGACAGGCAGAUAUUCCGUUUCAGUGAAGAAGGCAUGGUCAAUGCCAGAUUUGACUAUGUAUACGAUAACAGUUUUCGUGUCACAAGCAUGCAAGCUGUGAUCAAUGAAACCCCACUGCCAAUCGACCUGUAUCGUUAUGAUGAUGUCUCUGGUAAAACUGAACAGUUUGGCAAAUUUGGAGUAAUAUAUUAUGACAUUAAUCAAAUUAUCACCACAGCAGUGAUGACACACACCAAACACUUUGAUGCUUAUGGGAGAGUCAAAGAAGUACAAUAUGAGAUUUUUCGGUCACUGAUGUACUGGAUGAUGGUUCAGUAUGACAACAUGGGCCGUGUCGUUGCCAAGGAGCUGAAAGUCGGCCCUUAUGCCAACACCACACGAUACAAAUAUGAGUAUGAUGUCGAUGGUCAACUUCAGGUGGUGUCCAUCAAUGACAAGCCUCUGUGGAGGUACAGCUACGACCUUAAUGGCAACUUGCACCUCCUCAGCCCUGGCAACAGCGCUCGGCUCACACCACUACGCUACGAUAUCCGAGACCGGAUUACUCGUUUGGGGGACAUCCAAUACAGGCUGGAUGAGGACGGCUUUCUCAAACAGAGAGGGAAUGAUUACUUUGAAUACAAUUCAGCUGGCUUACUGGUGAAGGUGUACAACAAAGUGAGUGGAUGGAGCAUCAAAUAUCGUUACGAUGGACUUGGAAGGAGGGUUUCCAGCAAAAGCAGCAUGGGCCACCACAUUCAGUACUUCUAUGCUGACUUAUCAAGUCCCACUCGAGUCACCCAUAUGUAUAACCACUCCAGCUCUGAGAUCACCUCUCUCUACUAUGACCUGCAGGGACACCUGUUUGCCAUGGAGCUGAGCAGUGGGGAUGAGUUUUAUGUGGCCUGUGACAACAUUGGGACCCCUCUGGCAGUGUUCAGUGGCUCAGGUGUCAUGAUCAAGCAGAUCCUCCACACAGCUUUUGGGGAGGUUUACCUCGACACCAACCCCACCUUCCAGCUCAUCAUAGGCUACCAGGGGGGUCUGUAUGAGCCUCUGAGUAGGCUGGUCCACAUGGGCCGGAGAGACUAUGAUGUUUUGGCUGGCCGCUGGACAACACCUAACCAUGAAAUCUGGAAACGCCUCAACAACAACCACAUUGUGCCAUUCAACCUGUACAUGUUCAAGAAUAACAACCCUCUGAGCAACAAUGAGGAGAUAAAGUGCUACAUGACAGAUGUACACAGCUGGCUGGUCACUUUUGGCUUCCAGCUCUACAACGUCAUCCCCGGUUAUCGCAAACCCAGUACAGAGACAAUGGAACCAUCCUACGAGUUAAUCCGAACCCAGAUCAAGACCCAAGAGUGGGACAGCACAAAGUCGGUGCUGGGCAUCCAGUGUGAGGUCCAGAGGCAGCUGAAAGCCUUUGUGAAGCUGGAGCGAUUUGGUCAGAUCUACAGAGCCAAAAGUGCUGGUUGUCCUCAGACUGAAGGCAAGAAGAUCUUUGCUUCAGCUGGCUCCAUUUUUGGGAAGGGAGUCAAAUUUGCCAUUCGAGACAGUCGCAUCAGCUCUGACAUCAUCAGUUUAGCCAACGAGGAUGGUCGGCGCAUGGCUGCAGUCCUGAACGAUGCGUUCUACCUCGAGACUCUCCACUUCACGAUUGCUGGGAUGGACAUGCACUACUUUGUCAAAAUGGGUUCAGUGGAAGGAGACCUGUCCCUACUUGGCAUGACGGUGGGCCAGCGCACGCUGGAGACCGGCGUCAAUGUGACGGUGUCUCAGGUCAACACCGUUCUCAACGGCAGGACUAGGCGCAUUACGGACAUCCAGCUCCAGUACAAUGCGCUGUGUCUGAAUACGCGUUACGGCAGCAGUGUGGAGGAGGAGAAAGCACGCGUGCUGGAGCUGGCGCGGCAGAGAGCCAUCACUCAGGCUUGGGCUCGGGAGCGUCAGAGACUGCGGGACGGAGAGGAGGGUUCGCGGACCUGGACCGAGGGGGAGAAGCAGCAACUGCUGGGCUCGGGGAAGGUGCAGGGCUACGAGGGAUACUAUGUGGUGUCAGUUGACCAGUACCCCGAGCUGGCAGACAGCGUCAACAACAUUCAUUUCAUGAGACAGAGCGAAAUGGGCCGAAGGUGACAUGAGCACGAGCCUCCGGAGAGACAGACUAACAUGUAGGACAUGGGACUUCUUGCCAAAGACAGUUGUGUACAUGACCACUUUUUUUUUUCUUUGACUGUGCUCAAGUUUUGGUUUUUAAUUAAUAAAACAAAAACAACAACAAAAAAACAAAAAACAAAAACAAAAGCCACACAAACACAAAAACCACACACACAAAAAAAACCCCAUGGUUGCAAUCGGUUGCACUGUAUUAAUAGAAGAGUGCCCUUCUCCUUUUGAAGAUUCUUUAACAGUCCUUGCCCUCUAAGUGUGGCUGCUAGAGGACGAACACUUGCGAUGUCUGUGACUUAUUUUUCUGACACCCAUUUCCUCGUCCCCGCUGGAGAUUGUGUUCAAAGGAGUCAAAGAGGAGGAUCGGUAAUGCAUUGUGGUGACUGGCUGACUCUGCUGCCAAAGCUGCAGAUUGUUAUUCACAAGCUCGCUCCAUUCUGCCUUUUCCGCGUUUCAGCCAAGGAGAUUCCUUCUCUUUUAAUCACUUCUUUUUUAUACUUGAAAACUUCAUAGCCGCGGCCAUCCAUAAAUAAUGAGGCAGAUUUCUGUUGGCGGUAAAGUCCUUCACCAAAACCCCGGCCAAACCUGUCGAAGCACCUUCAUUUGUGUGAUGUGUUGUACAUUUUUUUUGCGGGCGAGGCAUAACGCUCGUCUGUGACGUUAGCUUGGAAGGCUGCAGUGCCACAUCUGUAGGAAAGUUAAUCAAGCGUAAAUUACUAAGUUAAAAAAUGGAUACGAGGCCACCUUUUAAAAAGAAAAAAAAUGUGUGUAUGUUAUCUUUUUUUGUUUGUAUGUUUGUUUCCUAGAAUUUGUUCCGAAGCAGAAAAAGAAAAGCUGGAAUAAAUUAUUCUCUGCUCUUUUUUUAUUUGACUGUGGUCAGACAACAUGAGGGAACCCUGUGAGAAAAUACUGUGGAAUGUCUGUAUUAAACAACAAAAGGUAUUUUACAGGAAUGGGUUUGGAUUACCUUUAGUUUUCUUUUAUAAAUAGCUAUAUGAAUUAACAGUAUAACAAAUGUGAAUUUAAAAAAAAUGUGAACUAUUGUCCCUUUUAUUGUUAAUUGUUGUACAUGAACAAUUCUUAAGGCUGUUUCAACACAUGAAAUAAACUAUGAAAGGUGGUUUUAGUUAAAUGGGUUACUGUGUUUUUCAUGAAAAGCGUUCUACAGGCAGCGUUUUGUCAGUAUUCCUAACUGCACGUUCUGAUCCCAUGGGUACAGACGGUGAGAAUACACAGAGUCUUGUGGUGACAUAAAAUUGCGUUGUUGGCUCGUGGCGUCGUGUUGUGAGUGAAACGAGACUCACGUUGCCUUUGUCCUAAGUGCUGCUCGCGGGUCAGCGUACAAAGUGCUUUCAUUCUCCAGAAUAGAACUCGUCAUCACGUAGUGCAUCUGUAAUGCUGAAACGCAUCAGAGGUACCGGCGUGCUCGUUCGUGUUUACAGACUAAAGGUCAUCUGGUGGAUGCACUCUCACUUCAGUAUGUCUCUGUCGGUCCGAAGAACAAUUUAAAAACUGAUGUUCGGUGAAAGCUCAAAAGGUGUCGAGACUAUUUUGGAAAUGGUGUCAUUGAGUUGACUUCUGGUACUUUUUGAACUAUGCCAAGCCACUGCAAACUUUGUUUUUCCACCAUGAACUUACUUGUCUGUGUUUGUGUGUGGGGGCGGAGCAUGACUGAGUGUCUCAACUGUACAAAAUUGAAUCAAAUAAUUCACAGUUGUUGGGGUUUUUUAUGCUGUUGGUUGAUUCAGUGGCUGUUUUUUUUUUCUUUUGAAAAAUAAUAAUUAAAAAAUGUGUAUGUGCAGCUUACAUGAAUGAAGGCUAUUUGCAUUGUGGAAUGUUGCACAGCAAAAUGUGUCGCGUCCUGAGACUGACCUUUUUUUUUAAGUUUUUGGUUUGUUCUCAACACUGUGUUUUUAGUGCUUCUCUUUGACUGUGUAAAUAAGAAGGCAUCGAAGUAAGCUGUAAAUAACAUGCAGAUUAGAGCUACAUCAGUGACCCUGUGUAGUCUUAUGGUAGAAAAAAAUAAUAAAGGGACUAUUUUGUGUUUAA